CGACCCCGGAAGUGGGUCGGGGGCUUGGCCUCUGCCCGGCCUCGGAGCCGGAGCCGGAGGUGUUACCCCAGAGGGGUCGCGCCGAGCUAACCCGUCGGGCGGCGUACCCCGGGCAGGGCCCGGGCCAAGGGUCCAGGAUGCUGAACGUCCCUUCCCAGUCUUUCCCGGGCCCCAGCUCGCAGCAGCGCGUCUCCUCCGGGGGGCGUAGCAAGGUCCCUCUGAAACAGGGCAGAAGUCUUAUGGAUUGGAUUCGACUGACCAAAAGUGGAAAGGACCUAACAGGAUUAAAAGGAAGAUUAAUUGAAGUAACUGAAGAAGAACUUAAAAAACACAACAAAAAAGAUGAUUGUUGGAUAUGCAUAAGAGGGUUUGUUUAUAAUGUCAGCCCGUAUAUGGAGUAUCAUCCUGGCGGGGAAGAGGAACUUAUGAGAGCGGCGGGAUCAGACGGCACUGACCUUUUUGAUCAGGUUCAUCGUUGGGUCAACUAUGAAUCCAUGCUGAAGGAAUGCCUGGUUGGCAGGAUGGCCGUUAAACCUGCUUUUCCGAAAGACUAUCAUGAGGAAAAGAAACUCUUAAACGGCAUGCUUCCCAAGAGCCAAGUGACACAUCCACUUGCCAAAGAAGGGCCUAGUUCUCCAAGCUAUGACUGGUUCCAAACAGAUGCCUUAGUCACCAUUGUCAUAUAUACUAAACAGAAGGAUAUCAAUUUAGACUCAGUAAUAGCUGAUCACCGGGAUAAUUCCUUUAGAGCAGAAACAGUUAUCAAGGAUUAUUCAUAUCUUAUACAUAUUGCCCUAAGUCAUGAGAUUCAGGAAGAUUUUUCUGUGCGAGUUGUUGAGAAUGUGAGAAAAAUAGAGAUUGUCCUGAAGAAAAAAGAGAAUACUUCUUGGAAAUGCCUUGGUCAUCCCCUGGAGAAUCAUAAUUCACUUAUUCCAAAGAAAGAUACAGGUUUGUACUACAGAAAGUGCCAGUUAAUGUCCAAGGAAGACGUGACUCAUGAUACGAAGCUCUUCUGCUUGAUGCUGCCACCAAGCACACAUCUUGAGGUGCCAACUGGGCAGCAUGUUUACUUCAAGCUCACUAUUACAGGUACUGAAAUUGUGAAGCCAUAUACACCUGUAUCUGAUUCCUUGUUCUCAGAGUUCAAGGAACCAGUUCUUCCCAACAAUAAAUACAUCUACUUUUUGAUCAAAAUCUACCCUGCUGGACUCUUCACACCAGAGCUUGAUCAUCUUCGGAUUGGAGAUUAUGUUUCUGUAAGCAAUCCCGAGGGCAAUUUUAAAAUAUCCCAGUUCCAAGAAUUGGAAGAUCUCUUUUUAUUGGCAGCAGGAACAGGCUUCACACCAAUGGUUAAAGUACUGAGUUAUGCUUUGACUAAUAUACGCAGUCUCAGGAAAGUGAAGCUGAUGUUCUUCAAUAAAACAGAGGAUGACAUAAUUUGGAGAAGCCAAUUGGAGAAAUUAGCAUUUAAGGAUAAAAGAUUUGACCUUGAAUUUGUUCUCUCAGCACCUACUUCUGAAUGGAACGGCAAACGGGGAUACAUUUCACCAGCUCUGCUUUCUGAAUUUUUGAAAAGAAGUUUAGACACGUCCAAAGUCCUCAUCUGCAUUUGUGGACCAAUGCCAUUUACAGAACAAGGAAUGAAGUUGCUGCAUGAUAUGAACUUUUCCAAAGAUGAGAUCCAUAGUUUUACAGCAUAACGAAGAGCCGUCAUUCAACUGUUUUAGCUAAAUUUGUGAUUACUUAGGGUUUUUUAACCUAUAUACCUUUUGUAUAUAGGUUAACUAGAAUCCAGGUUUUAGUUUCUUAAAUGAAAUCAAAUGUUUCUUCGCUAUAGAGACCUUGUUGACUUUAUUUUGUACCAUAACUUAUUUUACUACUGAUAUUUGUCCUGGAAAGUCAAUCAUGGCAACAAGUAUAUCCAGGAUUCUUUGUUAUGAAUCGCAAAGUUCCUCACCAUUUAAACUAUCACUGUUCUACAAUAAGCUCUUGUGUUUUAUGACAUGAUAAAGCAAACGAUCAUUUUGAUCACAUUUCUAUGCUGUAAGAUGUCUGAUUAGCAAUACAGAUUAAAUUUUACAUUGCAUUGUAAACUCAGGAAAUGAUCAUUUAUGUCCUUGUUGAAAACAUGAAAUGUUAUAACUUAUGAAGUGAUCCAAACAUUUUGUGUGGCUAUGGCCUUGAUACAGAGUAGAAUAAAAAAUAUUCUUAAGUACUUUUUAA